ACCAGGACUCCAUGUUGUUCCGACAGCCACGGAGCGAACAAGUGCCCCGGCCGAAAACUCUCACGUUGCAACUUUGUGUGUGCAAGAAGUAAAGUGUUUGUGCGCGCGGGCGCGUGUGUGUUUGAAAGAGAGUGUGUGUUGACCCUCCGAAAGAAGAUGGCAGACUACCGGGAAGACACCGGAGCCCGAGCCCUGCUCGCUUUACAGUCGGCACCAUGCAGUCCGGUGCGCGUCGCGGUGACCUCGCACUCGUAUUUCCAGUCCUCGCUCGCCCUCCUCGGCCCACCGAUGAUGGAAGCCCGCGGCGACGCCGGGCUUUUCCCCGUGCGCCUCGCUUGUCCUGCUCCGCAGGCCCUGGCCAGACUCGAGGGCCGGGACUUCGAGUUUGUGAUGCGCCAGAGGACGGUCACCGUAGGCCGGAACUCGUCCCACGGCUCCGUGGACAUCAACAUGGGUCACUCGAGUUUCAUUUCCAGGCGACACCUGCAGAUCACCUACGACGAGGCCAACGGGUUCUCCCUCCGGUGCUUGGGCAAGAACGGCGUGUUCGUUGACGGGGUGUUCCAGCGGAGAGGGGCGCCCCCGCUGUCGCUACCCAGAGAGUGUGUGUUUCGUUUUCCCAGUACAGUUAUCAAGAUCCAGUUCAUGUCCCUCCUGCUGCUGGAGGACCACAGAGAGCGGGAGAUGCCCUCUCUUCCGCCUCGCCCGCUUCUGCCCCACAUUUCCCCCCUCAAAAUCAGCAUUCCCACAAUGCAGCAGCACGAAGAGCACAUCCGGGCGUUUGGAUCGCCGCUGCCCUCGCCCACGGGCACCCUCAGUGUUCCCAACUCCUGUCCGGCUAGCCCGCGGGGGGCAGGGUCAUCGGGGUAUCGCUAUGGACGCAACGUGACCUCCGACCUCCAGUUGGCGGCUGAAUAUGCCGCCAAGGCGGUUUCUGAGCAGAGACGAAGCGUCGUUGAGCAGAGGGGCGCCGGGAGUGAGCAGCGGGGGGAGUCGGCCGGGGGAGACAGCCCCAAGGACGAGUCCAAACCACCGUAUUCCUACGCGCAGCUCAUCGUGCAGGCCAUCUCCUCCGCCGCCGACAAACAGCUGACCCUCAGCGGCAUCUACGCGCACAUCACCAAGCACUACCCCUACUACCGCACCGCAGACAAGGGCUGGCAGAACUCGAUAAGGCACAACCUGUCCCUCAACCGAUACUUUCUGAAAGUGGCCCGUUCCCAGGACGAGCCGGGCAAAGGCAGCUUUUGGCGGGUGGACUCUGCUUCUGAGAGCAAGUUGGUGGAGCAAGCCUUCAGGAAAAGACGGCAGAGAGGGGUGGCCUGCUUCAGGACGCCAUUCGGACCGCUCUCUUCUAGGAGUGCUCCGGCCUCCCCGACCCACCAGGGACUCCUCUCUCCUCCAUCUAGCGGGCUGCAGACUCCUGAAUGUCUGAGCAGGGAGGGCUCUCCUAUCUCCCACGACCACCACGAACAGCUGGUUAACAAACUGGCGUCCGUACCCGAGUACAGGUACUCUCAGAGUGCCCCAGGCUCUCCAGUCAGUGCUCAGCACGUCAUCAUGGCGGCCCCCGCGCACCCGGCGGCCCUGCCCUCAGGCCACGGCAAAGCCCUCGCUUUCCUUCAAGGCGGCGGCGGCGGCCAAGUCCAGCCCAUCCACGUGCUCCAGAACCCGACUCAGUCCUCCAUCACCAUGGUGCGGCUGGUGACCAGCGGCCCUCCGGCUUCCAACCCUCCCAACGGGUACAGCGCCCCCCCUGUUGGAGGAACCGAGGGCCACGCUGAGCUCAGAGACGCCCAGCUGACCCGAGAGCGAGUGAUCCAGACGGUGGACAGUGCGCUGCACGGCGGGGACGGGCGGAACACGGCCCACGGUUUACAUCAGCUUCCUGUUCGCCCUGUUACUCAGAAUGGCAAACAGUCCUCUGCUGUGGCCGCGGCAACCAGUCUGGCAAAUGCUUCUGGCCUCAGUAGUCCUCUGCAGAUCCUGGCUGCGCAGGCUUCCAGCUCCCCCCCGGUGCUGCUGAGCAGACGGCCCAGCGCAGAGACGUUAGCCGAGCCCCAGGCCAAGCGCCCCAAGAUGGAGGGCGAGAGCGGGGCCGAACCCGCUCAGCAGCCUGUCAUCGUUGCCAUGACAACGCAAACCCACAACCCUCGGAAGUGAAACCCAGGGGCCUCUAAACCAGGUACCCGACGGACAGCCUCCUUCUGGGGCCCCCCGACUGCUUUGCCUUUUAUACUCUUUGAUAUGACUGCGGCCGCCGUGGCCAAAACGAUGUACAGGCAGCCUCAACUCAUUCAAUUAAUUGUUGUAAGGAAACACAUUUCUUUUGGUCAAAAAUAAAUACAAACUUUCAAAUGAAUCAUUCAGGACUUUUUCCAGCUUUACGGUCUUUAAUGUAAUCCAUCACUCACUGACGACACAAGUGAGGAGAUUAAGCUUAUAAGCAUUAUGCAUAUAACAAUCAUUUCAGUGUGAAUAUUGGAUGAUAUCUUGGAUGCACGAGAUGCAACGGUUACCGUCACUCAGGCCAAAGGACUCCUGCACUUCUGAUCUGUCAUCGCCUGACUUAAAAAAAAAAAACAGGGAAUGUGUGUUCAGAGAUUUUGAAAUGACCAGCAUUUAUAGAAGAAGCUGU